CCUCCUCCGAUUUCCGUCGACCGGAGCCGUCGAGGCCGCCGUGCUCGCCUGGCCGCGCCGCCGCACGCUGCUCUCCCUCGACUCCCGCGCCUGAACGGGCCGCGUCGCCACCUUCCUCGCCCUUCGUUCCCCUGCUCAGCAGAGGGAGUGGAACCUGGUGGUUGCCGCAAUGGAAGGAGCGCCAUCAGAUGGCCAGGUGAUCUCGUCCACCGCAGACCCUUGCCUCGACAGCUCGGCCGCAUCCGCGGACGCCGCCGGUGGCAGCGGCUCGCAGCACGUUUCAACGCUCCGGAAGCUGCUGUUCCGGAGGAUGCUGGUCGGGGUGAACGACGGCCGCUACUUCCUGGGGCUGUUCCACUGCGUCGACAAGCAGGGGAACAUAAUCCUGCAGGACGCGGUGGAGUACCGCAGCGCGCGCCGUUCUUCUCCCUCGGCUCCCAAGGAGGAGCGGUGCCUCGGCCUCAUCCUCAUCCCAGCUUCCUGCCGCUCCUCCUGCCAUGUCGACUGCUUCAUCCAGGAGCAGAUGGCCCUGCUGUCCCUGAGCAAGUAGAAUCAUGCUUCUGAUUUCUUUUCUCUGGUUUCUAAAGCUAUGUACUACUCGCUUAGAUGAAUCUGUGCCUGGAGACCUUGCUGUGACUUUUAUUUGUAAUCAUAAUCAGUUCUGCCGUA